AGAAGAGGUAGAGAAAUCAGAGAAGGAACACACAGCAACAAACAGAAAUAUAAAGAAGUCACCUCUAGUGAAGAGCCAGCAAUAGUUGCACCAUCAGAGGAGAAGGAGGAGGAAAAAGCUGAUAAACAGGGGCAGCUUCUAGAAAUAUCCAUUGACGACGCGCCUAAAACUAUACGUAAACCCCCUAAGAAUCUUGGCAAGAGACCACCGCCAAAGCCUAGGGUAAAGAAGUCAGUUGAAAAGAACAACAAUACUGUUAUCAAUAAUAAUAUCACUGAGACAGAAGUAAAAUCAGAACCAGAAGAAGAUUUGCCAAUACCACCUUCAAAAGGCUACAACUUAGACUUUUUAGAUAAUUUAGAAGACCCAAAUUUCAAUCCUUUUACAACAAAAACUUCAGUAUCAAACUCUCCUCCAAAGGAAGGAUUUGUAGUACCAGCUGAUAAAGAAGAGGACAUCAAGCCAAAAGCAAAAGUUGUCACUCCUAAGAAGUCUCCUGCCAAGAAAGGAUUCUCAGUGAUAAAGAAAGGAUCCAAGAAACCAGCAGAUGAGGUAGACUCCUCGAAAAAGGAAACAAGUCAAGCCACUCCGACUCCAACUGUAGAGGCUGAAAACCAGGAGGAACUCCCUGCAGUACCAAGUAAGGGGUAUAACCUUGAUUUUCUUGAUGAUCCUAACUUUGACCCCUUCAAGACAAGAUCAGGUUUUGAAAGCAAAUCGUUACCAGCUGCUCAGAAUCUUGACGCACCUAGCAACAAGCCUGAAGACGCUAAAACUCCUGUGCCAUUGUUAGAAAAAGAAGCAGUUAAAGCUACUGAGGUAAAAGAAAAAAGUCCAGACCAACAACCUAAAAGAUUAGAUGCAGAUGGUAGUGAUAGCAACUCAAUAAAUGCAUCAAGUGAGAAGCAGAAUAAGGAAGUAUUAGCUGAAAAGGCAGAGUCAAAAAGUGAAAUUGAUGUUGAAGAUCAGCCAGCAGAAGAAGAGCCCAAAUUAUCAGAAGUCAGUUCUCUCUCUGUAAAGGAAAAUACUUCAGUUCCUGUCACUGAAGAAAAGCCCCAGAGUUUAGAAAAAGUUAAACCUCAAACUUCGGAAGAAAAGACUUUGGAUGUAAAAUCUCAAGUUUUGGAAGAAAAGACCCAGGUUGCAAAGGAAAAGGAGAACCUCCAGGUUGCAACAGAAGAAGUCCAGGUUGAAAACAAAGCCAAAAUUGCAGAAGUUAAGCCUCAGGUUGCAGUUGUAAAGCCCCAGGUUGUUGAGGUUAAACCUCUUGUUGUGGAAGCAGAUCCACCUGUGGAUAAAGGAACUCUGCCCCCAAAAGAAGAACAUUUGCCAUCUGCAGAUACUACUUGUGAUAGAUUAGAUUCAGCCAGUAAAACAGAAGAAACUACAGUAGUUGGAGUGUCUGAAGAAGUUGAAGAGGAAGUAGGAAAGACAUCAGUAAAACAAGAAACAAAAACAGAAAGUGAAUUUGUAGUUUUUGAAGAAGCAAAUCUUCCAAAAGUUCCUUCCAUUGGAAGAAUAGGCCAGCUUGACAGUUUAGAGUUUGCACAGUUACUUGGCAAUGAAGCAAGCCGUCUUGCUGAGGAGUUUAUGAACUGCUCUUGUGACUCUGGAUUGCCAGAUUCGGAUGACAGUAAUUCUGUAAAGUGUACAAGUUCUGCUUCCGACAUGGAUCCUAGCAAGGCAGCACACUACAGUGGAGCACACCUUGAUGACAGUGUUAAUCCAUUCAUGAAGAGUUCAAGGUUACCAAGAUCUCCUCCCUUAGGGAAGAGAGGUGCUGUGUGUGGUGCAGAGAGUGCAGAUUCUUCAGAGAUGAUGGAUCCUUUCAAGCCCAGAAGAGCAUUAAGAAGAGAGGAGGUGUUGGGAGAAGAUCGACAGGAUACUUUAAGUGUUGAUGAAGAUUCUGGGAUUGUAAUGCCAACGCGCUCUGAUUUGGAGGUAGAGGUGAACCAUAGCGAAGCAGGACCUGAGAUUGCUACAGGAUUAACCUCCAGUGACCUCAGAUGUGCAUCGCAAUGUUUGAGCAGUUCAGCGAGCUCGUCAUCACUGAGAACAGAAGAUCCGGAGGAAGAUCUUGGUGACCAGAUCACUGACGAGGAGUUCCUUGCCUCAGAAGCAUUUUUCAAGGAAGCAUCAGACCUGGAAAGGCAGUUUAGGAGAAAUCUUUCAACGCCCAUGGGAAGUCAAAGUAAACUGAGCGGAGAUGAAGUAACACCAAUCAAGGAGAAGCCAGAGCAUCCUUCGGUCACUCCAGAGUCGCCACAGAACAAGCCUGUCCCGUCCACUUCCACUCCCAUUCCACCACGUGAAGAAAGAUCGGCUCCAGAAGGCACCAGCAGCCCAACACCCCGUCCCAGUGACACCUCUGAGCACAAGCCUUCAUCAUCACGACCCCUCUCCGUCCCCCCGGAUGGCUAUGUGACCACUGCAGAGGUAGAGGAGCUUCUGAAGCGACAGUCACUACAAUUUGAAGAGAAGCUCCUACGAGCGGAGCUAGCUGCUGGGGAGAAGGAGAGAAAAUUGAUCCAAGCCAUGAAGGAGGAACAGAAGGAGAAGGGAAACCUAGGGGGGUCAUUGACAGAGCUAACACAGUCACGUGAUGCUCUGCUCAAGAUGGUGGGCCAGUACAAGGGCAUGCUAGCACAACUAGUUGGCGAGAAGGAGAAAGAAAAGCAGAAUGCGGAGGAGAGAAUCAAGACCCUCGAAUCAGAAAGAAACCAAGCCCUAGAUGACUUAGCCAAUGUGGAGAAUGCAUUUUCUGAUGUACAUAGGAAAUAUGAAAGAACAAAGCAGGUAGUCGACACACUGAGAAGAAAUGAAGAAACCCUGCGUGGUGCUAUUACAGACUAUGAAAGCAAAUUACAGAAACAAGAACAGAAGUUUAUUGAAUUCCAGAAACAUGCAGAAGAGAAAAUACAGUUAGCAAAUGAGGAAUUUGAAACAAUGAGGAAAGCAAAUGAGCAAGAAAUGACGAAAAUGGCUGCCCUAUUGAAGAAAGCAGAAAUGAAGAUUGUUUCUCUCCAGGACGCCUUUGACAGGAAGACACGAGAGAACCAAGAACUUACACAGCUCUGUGAUGACCUUAUCAACAAAGUUGGAGGAACGAAUUAAUUGUUGAAAUUUAAUGUUGUCUGGUAACAAAAAUGGCUGAUUAGGUUUAGACUGCUGCUGCUGAAACUGUUUUAAAUGAGGAACGUUAAGAUAAAGGCCCAUCUCAUAUUGUUAAGACAGUAGCAUCUGUGAUCAUAACCCCCCUGAAAUGGUUCAGUCUGGGGAUCUUUUUUCCUACAAUAGUAGAUUGGACUGGUUUGAUACAUAUUAAAAUAAUGGACAAAAUGGAAUGAUUUUUUGAACUUCAUUGUCAUCAUUCUUCUUUUGUAUAUUUUAACAUGUGACCUGAGGUACUGAUUGGAUACCUUUUAUCCUGACUCAAACUGCUUCAUUGACACAGUGAAUGACAUUGUUAAUGUGUGUCAGAUAGUAUGAUGCAUGUUGUACAAGGAGUCAUGCAAAAUAUCAGGCCACCCAAUUGAAUCUUGUGAAUAGUUGAAGAAAUUUUAAAGCUUGCAGUGAGUUUGUUGAGUAUAUGUAGAGAUAUGGCUUUUUGUCAGUUGAUAAAUAAUACCAAACUGAUAUCCUGCACUGAUUGUCAUUAUGUAAAUGCAAUGUACAUAUCAAAUAAGGAGAAUAUUGCCUGAUAGGUUAUACACUAAUAUUAAAAAAAGAGAGAAAUUAGUAUAGCUGGGGAAGAAAGUAGCAUUGAUAACAGAAUCUAUAUUAUAUAUUAUUACCAGUAUGUUAAACUGGAAAGCUUGUAAAUAAUGAUAAUUUUACACAUUUCCAUCACUACAUCAUUAUAUAUCACUCGAUUGUGAAGCAUUUGUGCAGUUCACAAAACAGUUUCUAUGAAAUUAACUUAAUUUUGCCAUUAAACUGCUCUUCUAUUGUGAAACGUGGAAGCUGUCAGGUUGAGAAAUCAGCUGGAAACAAGCAAGAAGACAGAGCAUGUUGUACAUGAUUAUCUCACAUACUGAAAAGUGUGGGAAAGUUUGCCAUUACUUAAGCAUUUGAUAACCAAUUCCAGAUUCUGGAAUGCACGAUUUGUACGAGUAAUAUCUAAUAAUAGAGAUUGAGAGUUAUCUCUGAUGCUGGUGUGACAGGUGACGAAUGGUGUGAAGGGUAAUAGGGCUGUGAUAGUACACCAUUUUUGUCUUUGAUGAAAUAGCUGCCAAAGGUCUGCUGAUAAGAUUUUGCUUCUGUUUUAUAUUUUUAUUGAUAGAUGCUUGAAGGUAGUCAGACCAAGCACAAAUAUUAUUUCUUUGAUAUGCUUGAUUUCUCUAUGUUUAAUAAACUCGACCGAAUGCCAAUUCCAUCCAGAGUUGACAAAAAUAUAUCCAUAGGAAUAUUUGAUUUCUAAUUGGACAGACACAAGAGGUGAUCUUUCCUUUUCAUUUGGUUGGGAAUUUUGCAGUAGAAACCCAGUUCUUUUGAUUAGAUCCAUAGUAAUCCGAAAUGUUACUAAAGCUGAAUAACAAAAUCAUUGGUUUGAUGAAAAAUAGGACUUAUUAUCAUUGAUUUUAAACAGUUCCUAGUCUCAAAAAGAAAUUGGUGUAGCUUUUACAUCCUGCACCUCAUGUAAGUAAAUAAUACGACACAUUUUUCAGUAUUCAUGAGAGCUGUAGAAAUCCCGAUCCCCAAGCUUGAAUUUGAAUUUCCUUUCUGAUAGUAAACAUAUGAGAUAGAAGCUCAAAUUCAGUGUUUGCAGUCAGCUUGCCAACUGAUUAUAUAUAUAUACUAUGACUUGCUACAUCAGAAUAGGUGCAUGAUGUUAGUAGGGAUCAUGAUUUUCCAUCAGCAAUACAUGUUUAUUAUUUUACAAAAUUUAUGAUCAAAAGGUGCACGAAAUUGAAUUCCUACGAGAGGGAGAACUGUAUUAGAUGCAGUACUCUCAUAAACAAAACAAAAAAGCUAGGAAAAAAAAGCAAUGUGCCUUAUAAUACAUGACUACAUGGAUAAUCUGAAAAAUAAUCUUGAGGAAGAAUCUGAACUUGUUUUCAAAAAAAGAGUAAUAGGGCACAUUCUUGCAGACCAGUCAAUAAAAGUAUGCAGAUUGCUUGUCAGUUACGUACGUAAAUGUAUAUGCAGAAUUCUUAGUUUCAAGGCUCAUAGCCCAGAUUAUUUAUGACUUUUAGAGAGAUCUUAAGUUUAUCAUGUGACACUUCUUUAUGUAUUAUAGAUAUUAAAAUAAAUUAACACACCAUU